AUGUCCGUACAGACCACAAACCCAUACGCCAACAGCGGCCAGCUUUCCUCGCUCGAGCAGGACGUUUUGUGGGAGUUUGCAAAGCUCAGCGAUAAAGUGAAGCGGGCUGCGGCGCUCUCUAGAAACGUAGCAGAAGCACCCAACGAGUCCCUGCUCGCCGAGCUGAGGACGCUGGAGAAGCGCAUGGGGCUUGUCCUCACUCUGGUCCAAGCGUCCGUCUGGGCAGUCAUCGUCGAUUCUCAAGCUGCAGAAGAAGCACGCCAACGAGAAUAUACCGGGCCGCCACCCGAACAAUCUUUCGCUGAAGGGCGGUCAUGGGAAGACAGUUUGAUGCAAUAG